GCAGGUCCCAGAGCACGACUGUUGGAGACCACAACGAGGAAUGAAGAGGGUCUCCAUGGUUCUCCAUCCGUCCUGGUUCAAACCGGAUCAUCUACUAUCACAGGAAGACGUUGCCUUUCUGAACAAGAACUAAAGCUGAACAUCUGACAAAGCAGCUUCCGUAAAGUUUUGGUCAUGCAGUCUCUGACUCGGGAGAUCCAGAGCUUUUCCCGGACGCGGCUGCGAAAGCAGUGCACCCGUGUGACGUCGCUGAGUGGCCGUCGCAUUAUCGAGACCUGGAAAGGUUCGACAAUUACUGUGGUGGAAGACCCCGUGCCCCCGGAGAAGAUGCUGGGCUACGUCCCUGACACCUCCUGGGACCUGCAGGUCGGCUUUGUCAAACCCUACCUGCUUCUGGGUUCCCAGGAUGCUGCACAUGACUUUGGCACGCUAAGAAAGCACAAGGUUUCUCACAUCUUGAACGUGGCCUUCGGAGUAGAGAACGUGUUUCCGGACCUGUUCAUCUACAAGACCGUCAGCAUCCUGGACCAUCCCGACACCGACCUGCUGCAGUACAUGCAGGACUGCUGUGAUUUCAUCCAGCAGGCCCACAGAGAGAAAGGUGUUGUGCUGGUCCAUUGUAAUGCCGGUGUGUCACGUGCACCGGCUGUGGUCAUUGGUUACCUGAUGUCAUGUGAUGGACAGCCCUUUGAAGACGCGCUCUCAGCGGUGAAGUCUGCCCGGCCUGCCUCCUCCCCCAACCCUGGCUUCCUGGAACAACUGAGGAACUACAAACCGCCCACAAUGAACGGGUCUAAAGACUGAAGGCAAAAGUUGGGGGAGGUCAUACAGUUUGGUGACAAAUCUGUCUGACUGUAAUGAAAACACUGCUAAGUAAUCAUAAAAUCUGAUAUGAUUUAAAAGUAUGUAUGAGGUGUAGAAUAUUUUUUAAGUGCAGAAAUACUCUUCAGCGUUUACAGAAAAUGUUAGACACUAAAUAUCACAAUGAACUGUGAGAAUAGGUGUAUUUAUCCAAAGUUCCUGUUUGAUUUACAUUUAUUCUCCUGUGGUAUAUUCAAUUGUGUGGAUUUUGACAUUUCAGAUGUUUUUUGUGAGCUACUGACCUAUAAGAUCUUUCUUUUGCUCUGGUGUUUUUUGUGUAUUAAAGCUACUGUCCAGUGGUGCAGUUCUUUUCAGUAGCAACAGCACAUCAAUCAUA